UGCGUCUUAGCUACGCGUGUGUGAAUAAUAAACAGUGUUUGUAGCUAGACCGUUGCAUUCAACCAUCUGCUACCUGCGCUCGAAAGGCUAGGCAGGCAUGGUGCACAUGCGUGAAUUUCGGGAUGGUUUUGCGGCGCAAAGCGCCCUACCUGUAGUGUUCAGGCGUGCCCGAUUUCAAUCCUGUGAACCUUAGAACUAAUUCCUAUCACUUCUUUUUCGUCCUCCGAAGCUAACAACUAUAAAGAGGAAGCCUGCUUAUCCUUCAUCAAGGAGUUGUUGAAGUGCUGUGAGAAGUGGAAGGAAAUGUCUGACUGCUGCGCUGGGUUCCUGAAAGACGACAAGUCGAAGUAGCUUGCGACCGACGGAGUGUUGUCCUUUCGUAGCAGAUCCCAACUGCCUUUGUUCCCCCGCAGAUUGUGCAUCCCGCGAGGGUUUGAGUAUUCAAUUGUCACGAUGGUGCAGCAGUCGAGCAGGUUCAGUGUGGGCAAAGUGAAGCUCUACCACCACCUCGUCCUGGCUGGGCUCAUGCGCGCCGGCCUGAUCGUCGUCGGGGAGUGGCAAGACCAAAACCUGCAGCUGAAGUACACCGACGUCGAUUACCACGUCUUCACUGACGGCGCCGCCUACGUGGUCAAGGGAGAGUCGCCGUUCCUCCGGGAAACGUACCGCUACAGUCCCCUGCUGGCCGUGCUCCUCGUCCCCAACGUGCUGCUUCAUCCGGCCUUCGGAAAAGUCCUCUUCUCCGCGGUAGACGUCCUCGUAGGCUACUACGCCUAUCACAUCGUUCGCACGGCCAAGUUUAGCGAACGCAAGGCCGUGCUUUGUGCCUGCCUGUGGCUCUACAACCCUAUCACUUUCGCCGUUUCCACACGCGGGAGCUCAGAUUCCAUACUGGCACUUAUCGUCGUGUUCUCUCUCUUCGCCCUGCUCAAGAACAGGGACACGGCUGCCGGCCUGGCCUAUGGGUUUUCGGUUCACCUGAAGAUGUACACGGCCGUUUACGCGCUGCCCAUCUACUUGGCCCUCCAAACGAGGCUGCCCUCUGGGUCUGCGGCAAAGGGAGAGUUGGAGAGCUGGCGAUCCUACCUGUCUCGACUACUGUUGCCCAAUAGGCGAAAGCUGAUCUUCCUGGGCUCCAGUGCAGCGUCCUUCUUCGUCCCAACGUUCUUGUGUUACAUGGCCUACAGCCGAGAGUACAUCCAGGAGGCAUUUCUUUAUCACGUCUCCCGGAGAGACGUCCGCCACAACUUUUCUCCUCUUUUCUACCCGCUCUACCUAGCCACCGAAAACACAUCCGGUGGUGGCAGCACGUUUGCUGCCCUCUUGCCACAGCUCUUGCUGAUGCUGCUGCUCUCCUUCAAGUAUGGCCAGCUGAGUGACCUACCUUUCGCCCUGUUUUGCGUCACGUUUGUGUUGGUGAGCUUUAACAAGGUGUGUACGUCGCAGUACUUCCUGUGGUACCUGUGUCUGCUGCCACUGGUGCUGCCCAAGCUCGGCCUGAGUGUGAGGCGCAGUGUGCUUCUGCUGCUCAUGUGGCUGGGAGGCCAGGCAUUGUGGCUGGUGGAGGCCUACUACCUCGAAUUCGGUGGCAAGCCGCUUUUUCUUCACGUCUGGGUGGCAGGCCUCAUGUUCCUCGUAGCCAACACGUUCAUCCUGUGCUUCAUGAUGGCACACUACCAGAGCCACAUACCUAGAAACAAAAAGGCAAAGAACAAAUGAGUGUACCAGCCUAAAUUAAUUUUUUUAGUUAUUAUUUAUUGAGGGGCAGCCAAAGCUGGAUUCUUGAGCAAAUGGAGUCAGCACGCUUAUUCUGCUCUUGACUGUAGCUCCUCGAAACGUUGGAUGCAGCAUAGUCUACUGGAGAUGGCUGUGUCCACAAACCUGUGGUAGUGUGCAGUGGAUAGACGAUGCAUAAUAGUCCUGCCCAGCAACAGCCUCCCAUGCCUGCAUGCUUGAAAUUACACUCGUGAAAUUUGGGGGUGGGUGACUGAACAUUCUCGUGGCAAGGCCAACACAUUUGUCAAGAGGUUGUGUGUGUUAAGCAUAAUAGCAAUGUGCUAGAUAUUUGAGGGUCUUCAGUGUAGGAAGUGAAACCUUGCAUACGUAGUGCAAAUGGAACAUGAUGUUUUUUCAUCUUUAGAUGGCUGGGCCUCAUUGCAGAAGAUGCUUAUUGAUGGGACAACAGUAGAGAUGCUGUCGAGGACAUACGGUAGCCAAACUGUCCAACAUUGCUUAGUGGGCCAGAAAGAUUGCACUGUGUGUCAUUGCUUGCUGGACAGCUUGUCAGAGCUACUAGUCUUCAAUGGAGCAUAAGCAUUUUUCUUAAAGGAGUACUGACAUGAUUUUGAAGGACCUCAAAGGGGCAUUUUUCAUUUCCGUGGUGUGCAUCAUCGCUCUCCAUACACUAAACCCAGGCAACACAAUAUUUUACUUUGAUUUUAAAGUUAUCACCCAGCAUCUGCAAGCGAGCCGCAUCGCAAUGGAAGUUGUCACAAGUCAACACAGUGCUCUGGGUUUGUGAAAUUUGCAUUCUGCAUGUAGCCUAAAUUGCAUAAAUCACUGUCAGAGUCUC